ACAGUGAGUGACUUUUGAUCCUUCCGUUUGUGACGUUGUGACUUGUGUCUGGUGAUUCGAUCGUUGAUAUGGGAUACAAGGGGUUAAAAUUUGGGACCAUAGUGUCUAUUUUAGUAAUAGUAUUAGCAAUUUAUUACAGAAAAUCCGAUAACACGUUACAGAAACGAUUGAUCGCUGUGCUAGAAGGUCUAGAACGGGUCGAAACGAAACAUGACGGAUUACCGAGGCCGAAAGUUGCAAUAGGUUAUGGAAUAUGCACCGAUGUUUACAUCGACGCUAAGUAUUUAUUAAAAUACUCAAACGAUAUUGGAUUUCCUGAACAUUUCGACGAAAUAACUACCGAAGAAGAACUGUUGAAAAGUUUUGCAUAUUAUUUUCGUCAUGGAGCUGCGGCAGAACGAUUUAUGUCGAACAGUUCACUGUUUGAGAAACUUGUUUCUCACGCUCGAUCAUUCCCAUCUUCGUACUCAACUAUUGGAGGUAAUGCGCCUGUGAUGGCUCUCAGAUUUGUCAAAGAAGGUUGCGAUGUAUUGCUCGCAGCCAAAAUGACAAAGGCACUUCAACAAAUGAUUCCCUCUAACAUCAGAGUCGUCGGAGGCGAUGUUAACAGAGAUGAUGUACAUUUAGUCCUGGAAUACAAACGUGGCGAAUCCUGGGGACCUUAUACAAGCUCUCGUGCCAAUAGGUACAUCGUGCACAAUGACAUUAAUAAUCCUACCAUCAGUUCAUUGGAAGAGUUUGAUAAAUUACUACCAGAAUUUGCUCCAGACUUGUUCGUCGUUUCUGGUCUACAAAUGAUGGAUAAUUAUCCUUUUCCUGAAGGAAUACGUCUAAAUCGAUUAUUGAAAGUGAAGCAACAGAUGAUUGCCCAACCAAAAUCGACAAAGAUACAUUUUGAAAUGGCCUCGUUUGCAGAGGAAAACUUGUUGCUAGAAUUGACUGAGCUAGUCAUACCCUUUGCAGACAGUUUAGGCAUGAAUGAACAAGAAGUUGCUAAUUUGCACAACUUAAUGAUGUAUGGAAAUAUUUCAUUAGUUGCUGAUUCAAAUCCGAGAGUAGCUACAGUUUUAGAUCAAAUGAGAACACUGUUCAAACUCAUACGGAGAAAUGAAAAGUCAUUUAUGAAUGCAAGACAGUUGACACGUGUUCACGUUCAUACUUUAGCAUAUCAGGCAAUUCUGAAUGUGAAAAAUUCUCCAUGGAAAAACACAAUGGCUGCUGCAGCAAAGGCUUCGUUAACAGCCAAUCGCCAUGUGUGUGGAUCAAAUAAUGUCGAUGUACAAAAGGCAAUGCUGAUAAUGGAUGACAGUUUUUCAACGUCAACUGAAGCUGGUAAAAGAAUUCCUUUAGAUAUUGAAAAACCAGUUUCAUGUUGGGAUGAAGUUUUAAAAGUUGAGAAUGAUCAAAUAUUAGUUCAAGUCUGUGUUGCGCCAGUUUUGGUCUGCACUCAGGCCAGCCAAACUGCUGGUGGUGGCGAUAAUAUUUCAAGUGCUGGGCUGGUGCCCCAAAUUUCGUAAUCUUUUCAUUUGGUGUGAAAAAUACACAGUUAUGUUUGAAUAUUUUUAUUGUGUCAUGCAUCGUACCAUCCAUGGAUCACAUAGAGCACGAUACGAAUUUUUUUCAUUCAUACUUGAUUGAUAAGUCAAGCAUCGUAUUUCAAUUAUUCAUUCCAUUCCAUGGCUCUAAUUAAACAAAUCGUUCCAAAAAAAGUUUUGUUUUUAUGUCGAAUUUUUCUUAAACAAUCGACCAUGUUUCAAUGUCAUUCCGCCUUAUGACAUUUUGUAUUUUUAUUGUAUUAUGUUAAGCAUGAAUUAAUUUGCCAUAUUUUAUUGGAGGAUUCAAUUAAACUCAUUUACGAUAAUGAGGAAGAUCUGAAACUAAAUUUGAAGAGAAUCUGUUCCAUUAUAAGCUAGUCAUUCCAUUGAACUGUAUUUACUCAAAUAAUUAUAUAUUUUAUUUCCACAUCAUGGAAUGUAGGAAUACUGACUUAUAAGUCUAGUAAAUUGAAUCUUAACGUUUCUGGAAUCAUAUAUGAUUAGAUAAUGUACAAGAUUGAUGCGAAUAAUCCUGUUCUAACAUUCCAUAAAGUUUAAUUUGAAACGUUACACAUUAAUAUUGAUUGUUGGCACUGAAAUUAUUCAAAUAUUCGGCAUACUUUUAGGAAUACUUUGUUAUGUGAGUGAAUUUGUUAUAUAAAUAUUUUAUCAUUUAUGGGAAUGAAAUAUAAUGAAGUUAAUUGUAAUGAUAUACUCGUUCAUGGUUUACAA